CGUAAAGAAAGAAGUGAUGCACUGAACUCUGCGAUUGAUAAAAUGACCAAAAAGACCCGAGACUUGCGUAGACAGCUUCGCAAAGCUGUGAUGGACCACGUAUCAGACUCUUUUCUGGAAACAAAUGUUCCGCUUUUAGUAUUGAUUGAAGCUGCCAAGAACGGGAACGAAAAAGAAGUUAAAGAAUACGCCCAGGUUUUCCGUGAACAUGCCAACAAAUUGAUUGAGGUUGCCAACUUGGCCUGUUCCAUCUCGAACAACGAAGAAGGUGUGAAAUUGGUUCGCAUGUCAGCCAGCCAGCUUGAAGCCCUGUGUCCCCAGGUCAUUAAUGCUGCACUGGCUCUGGCUGCUAAACCCCAAAGCAAGCUGGCUCAGGAAAACAUGGAUCUCUUCAAAGAGCACUGGGAGAAGCAAGUUCGCGUGCUGACGGAUGCUGUCGAUGACAUCACAUCCAUUGAUGACUUCCUGGCUGUGUCAGAGAAUCAUAUUUUGGAAGAUGUAAACAAAUGCGUCAUUGCUCUCCAAGAAAAAGAUGUUGAUGGUUUAGACCGCACGGCGGGUGCCAUUCGAGGACGUGCUGCUAGAGUCAUUCAUGUCGUCACUUCUGAAAUGGAUAACUACGAACCUGGCGUCUACACUGAGAAGGUGUUGGAAGCAACGAAGUUACUGUCCAACACAGUUAUGCCGCGGUUUACUGAGCAAGUAGAAGCUGCUGUGGAAGCUCUGAGUUCAGACCCUGCUCAGCCCAUGGACGAAAACGAAUUUAUCGAUGCUUCGCGACUGGUGUAUGAUGGAAUACGAGAUAUCAGGAAAGCCGUACUGAUGAUCCGGACUCCUGAAGAACUGGAUGAUUCUGACUUUGAGACUGAGGAUUUUGAUGCCCGAAGCAGAACAAGUAUUCAGACUGAAGAUGACCAGCUCAUUGCUGGACAAAGCGCGAGGGCUAUUAUGGCUCAGCUCCCUCAAGAGCAAAAAGCUAAGAUUGCUGAGCAAGUUGCAAGCUUCCAGGAAGAAAAGAGUAAAUUGGAUGCUGAAGUAUCAAAAUGGGAUGACAGCGGUAAUGAUAUUAUUGUUCUGGCAAAACAAAUGUGUAUGAUUAUGAUGGAAAUGACAGACUUCACCAGAGGUAAAGGUCCGCUGAAAAAUACGUCAGAUGUGAUUAGUGCAGCCAAGAAGAUUGCAGAGGCUGGGUCAAGGAUGGACAAGCUGGGACGGACUAUUGCUGACCAUUGCCCCGAUUCUGCGUGCAAGCAGGACCUCCUGGCCUACCUGCAGCGCAUCGCGCUCUAUUGCCAUCAGCUGAACAUCUGCAGCAAAGUGAAGGCUGAAGUUCAAAACCUCGGAGGGGAGCUGGUUGUGUCUGGGGUAUGUAUGAACUGUGACACGUCUGGGUCGGUUGAACUGCAGCAUGACCGCUUCAGCGCGGCGGUAGCUGCGAGAGGUCUGCAGCAACCUGCUGCAGAAGUGGUGGCGGUGGUGGUGGUGGCGGUGGUGGCAGACCACCCUUGC